AUGACCUCGACCUGCUCGCUGUUGCGAAGACGACCUGUGCCUGCGCUGCCGCUGUCGCUGUCCAAGAGACAGACGCUGCAGUCCCGGAUGGACCGAGCCAACGACGCCUGGAGGAGCCGCGGCGUGCUCGAUGACGAUGACGAUGAUGCUGGUGACAGCCGCUCCGAGACCGAGGCCUGUCUGGUAGAAGAGCUUGAAGCAGACGACGAGAAGCGAGCCGAAGCCCUCGCAGGCCUGCCCGUGUACAUGACAAUUCACCGAGUCCGGAGAUUGAUCAUUGCCAGUAUACAAGAUGACGAGUUUUCUCGAGAACAAUUAAAGGACCCUAGAGUCAACUCGGUUGUCGUGAGACCCUUGGUGGACAAGCUGUACGACCCCAGCAACAUUUCAACAGUCUACGCCCUGCUCGCCAACCGCGUGCAGUUCCUCCGCGAGCAGACCAGGACUCUGGACCAGACCAUCAACCUCGCUAGGUCGACACUCUGCGAACUUGCCGCCACCCAGGUCCUUCGCCGCUUCCACGAGGCCAAUCCCGGCCCCCAGGGCCUCCUGCUGCUCUCUCAUGUUCUAGUCGAAGGCUUUGAUCCCUUCCACGGGGCCCCAACUGCUGUCCAGUCCGAGGGCCGCAAACUCCAGUGGCCAGUCCAGGAACAGACUGCCGACAACGACUGCGGCCGCCGCCUGACGGCCCUCGAGCUCGCCAUUGUCUCCGAGAGCAAGUCCUUCAUUAACUCUCCUGCCUGUCGCCGUGUUGUCAACGCCGUCUACGAAGGCCGCAUCGUCUACACGCCGAACUCCUUCAUCGACAUACUGCCCGACCGCUAUCAUGGCCACCAACCCAUCGCCCUCUACGACCCGCGCAAAGCACCGGUGCUUAACCACCGCCGUCUCAUUGUGCCACGAAACCGCAACGCCAUCGAAUUCGUCCACUUUGUUAUCCUUGUCGUUCUCUAUGUCCUCACCAUGACGUACCGCAACAGCCGCAACGAGACCUUUGAGCUGCUUUUCGUCGUCUGGACCACAGGCUGGGUCCUCGCGGAAUUCGCCUCCAUCAUCGAGCAUGGAUGGGAAGUCCACUCGCAGGCAUUGUGGUCCUUCCUCGACAUGUCCUUCACCUGUGUCUUCUUCGCCUACCUCCUCGGCCGCAUCUACGAUGCUUCGGUCGGGACGUUUCCCGAUGGUCUUGGACUCAAGCUUCUGUGCAUUGCAGCUCCCGUGCUGCUCACGCGUCUCGCCUUCAACCUCAUGCCCGACAAUAUCGUCUUCAUCUCUCUGCAUGCCAUGAUGAAGGACUUUACGCUUCUCACCUUUCUGGCGCUCUGGUGCUUCACAGGCUUCCUCCUCGCCAUGCAGUGGCUCAUUGACGCCAAUGACAACAGCAGCGUGACACCGAGCUGGGCCACGACCGGCAAGUGGAUGCUCUGGAUCUGGUUCGGCCUCGACGGCACGGGCGUCGACCAGUCCGUCGACUUUCACCUCAUCCUCGGCCCGGCCCUCAUGAUCGCCUUUGCCUUUCUCGGCAAUACCCUCUUCCUGACCAUCCUCGUCGCCAUGUUGACCAACACCUUCUCCAAGAUUAUCGCCGACGAGGCAGCCGAGAUUCAGUUCCGCCGCACCGUCCUCACGUUCGAGGGCGUCAAGAGCGACGCCAUAUUCGCCUACCCACCCGCGUGCAACGUCCUCGCCCUCCUCGUGCUGCUGCCGCUCAAGAUGGUUGUCUCCCCGCGGCGCUUCCACGACGUGCACGUCGCGCUGGUGAGGACCGUCAACGCGCCGACGCUGCUGCUCAUCGCCCUCUACGAGAGGCGCUUCUUCACCGCCCGGAGGCCGGCCCAGGCCUGGCUCGUCAACUGGAGGCUGGCGGGGCUGUCGCCACAGGGCGACGUCCAGGCCGUCUUCAAGAUGGCGCCGCCGCCGGACGUGUGCGAUGCCAUUGAGAGGAUGGAUGUCGUGGACGAGUAUGCGGUGCCGGCGGGCAGCUCGGGGCAGGGCGCCGUGCGGUGGAGGGCGAGGGGCGCGGGCUCGAGCGAUCUCAAGGAUGCAUAA